AUUAUUAUUAUUGUCUCUCUCUCUCUUUCUCUCUCUUCUCUGACAAUGGCUUCUCUGUUCAGAGACAAAUCACUCGGUCAAUCGAAGAGAGAGAGUACCAUGCCGGCAGCCGCCGUCACCCGCCUUAACUCCGGCGUACUCUCCGGCGCCAGCACUUCCCUUCCAUCUCCAUUCGGCGGUAUAACACCGACAAUUUCCUCCGCCGACCUCCGCGAAACUGCUUACGAGAUCUUUGUAGCCGCCUGCCGCACUUCCUCCGGAAAACCCCUUACUUACAUUCCCAGCAACUCCACCAAUUCUGAUCGAUCUCCUUCUCCCUCUCCUUCAUCGAAUUCCAUCUCCCCUUCAAUGCAGAGAUCUCUCACUUCGGCUGCUGCUAGUAAGGUUAAGAAGGCAUUUGGUCUCCGAUCCAGUUCGAAUUCUUCAUUAGGGAUUAAGAAGAUUGAAGGGAGUCCACCUUCCGGUGGUAAAACUAAGAAGCCGGUGACUGUUGGGGAGCUGAUGAGAGUUCAGAUGAGGGUUUCGGAAAAUACAGAUUCGAGAAUUCGGAGGGGUUUGUUGAGGAUUGCUGCUGGACAGGUUGGAAGGCGAGCUGAGUCAAUGGUUCUUCCACUAGAGCUAUUGCAGCAGUUCAAAUCAUCUGAUUUCACUGAUCAAGAAGAAUAUGAUGCAUGGCAAAAGAGAAAUCUGAAAAUGCUGGAGGCUGGACUCUUAUUACAUCCUCACCUGCCAGUUGAGAAGUCGAAUGUUGCUGCACAGAGGUUGCGGCAAAUUCUUCAUGGUGCCUUAGAGAGGCCAAUAGAAACUGGCAGAAACAAUGAAUCGAUGCAGGUCCUUCGCAGUGCUGUAAUGACUCUUGCUUCCAGAUCGUUGAGCGAAUCUCUUGUUGAGUCAUGUCAUUGGGCGGAUGGGUUACCAUUGAAUCUACAUCUCUAUGAGAUUCUUCUCGAGGCUUGCUUUGAUGCUAGUGAUGAGGCAUCAAUGAUAGAUGAAGUUGACGAGCUCAUGGAAAUGAUAAAGAAAACUUGGGGAAUCCUUGGAUUGAAUCAAAUGCUCCAUAACCUUUGUUUUUCAUGGGUUUUGUUUAACCGUUUCGUUGCGACAGGGCAAGUUGAAAAUGAGCUGCUAUUUUCUGCUGAUAAUCAGCUAGCUGAAGUCGCAAAAGACUCUAAAACAAUCAAAGAUCCUGCUUAUUCUGGGAUACUAAGCUCUACUUUAAGUGCAAUAUUGGGAUGGUCAGAGAAGCGGCUUCUUGCUUAUCAUGAUACUUUUGACAGAGGAAAUAUUGACUCCAUGGAAUGCAUAAUAUCUCUUGGAGUAUCAGCAGCUAAGAUCUUAGUUGAAGACAUAUCUAAUGAAUAUAGGAGGAAGAGGAAAGGUGAAGUUGAUGUGGCUCGCAACAGGGUUGAUACUUAUAUUAGGUCUUCAAUUCGCACUGCAUUUGCCCAGAGAAUGGAGAAGGCAGAUUCAAGCCGCCAAGCAUCCAGAAACCACUCAAAACCAGUUCCCCUUCUUGCGAUACUUGCUAAGGACAUAGGUGAGCUGGCUGCUAACGAGAAGGAGGUUUUCAGUCCAAUACUGAAGAGAUGGCACCCUUUUGCGGCAGGAGUAGCUGUAGCCACUCUCCAUGCAUGCUAUGGUAAUGAACUGAAGCAAUUUGUUUUGGGAACAAGGGAGUUGACACCAGAAGCUGUACAAAUCUUGAGAGCUGCAGAUAAGUUGGAGAAAGAGCUUGUUAAUACUGCUGUUGAAGAUUCCGUGGAAUGUGAUGAUGGUGGCAAGGCAAUAAUUCGUGAGAUGCCUCCUUAUGAAGCCGAAUCUGUUAUAGCCAAUUUGGUUAAAGCUUGGAUUAAGACAAGAGUGGACAGACUAAAGGAAUGGAUUGAUAGAAUAGUCCAACAAGAGGUGUGGAAACCACUAGCAAAUCAGGAACCAUAUGCCCAAUCUGCAGUCGAAGUUCUUCGAAAUAUCGAUGAGACCUUAGAUGCCUACUUUCAGCUACCGAUACCCAUGCACGCUGCCUUGCUUUCUGACUUAAUGGCUGGCCUGGACAGAUGCCUUCAAUAUUAUGUAACCAAGGCAAAAUCAGGAUGCGGAUCAAAGAACACAUUCGUUCCUACUAUGCCUGCUUUGACCAGAUGUACGGUGGGAACAAGAUUUCAUGGCGUGUGGAAGAAAAAAGAAAAGAGCUUGAACAGCCAGAAAAGAAACUCUCAAGUAGCAACAGCUAAUGCAGAUAACUCUUUUGGCAUACCACACCUAUGCACUCGUGUGAACACUUUGCACCAUCUUCGUUCCGCAUUGGAUGAAAUAGAGAAAAGAAUAAUUACUCUGUUGAGGAAUUCCGAGUCUGCUCAAGAAGAGGAUUUCAAAGAUGGGUUGGGGAAAAAAUUUGAGCUGACACCUUCUGCUUGUCUUGAAGGUGUCCAGCAACUCUCAGAAGCCAUCGGUUACAAAAUCGUGUUUCACGAUCUGAGCAACGUGCUUUGGGAUGGUUUGUACAUGGCUGAGCCAUCAACUGCCAGGAUUGAGCCAUUUGUUAUCAAUCUCGAGCAAAUUCUGACGGUUAUAUCUGACACGUUGAUUGAGAAAGUCCGUACACGAAUCAUUGCUGAUAUAAUGCGAGCUUCUUUCGAUGGGUUCUUGUUAGUUUUGCUUGCUGGGGGGCCAUCUAGAGCUUUUACUAAACAAGAUAGCCAAAUCAUUGAGGAUGAUUUCAAAACCCUAAAGGAUUUGUUCUGGGCAAAUGGAGAUGGAUUGCCAGAUGAAUUGAUUAACAAGUUCUCAGCUACUGCAAGAGAUGUCCUCCCACUUUUCCGCGCUGAUACAGAGAGCCUAAUUGAUCGGUAUCGAAGAAUAACUGUAGAAACUUACGGGUCAGUGGCUAAAUCCAGGCUUCCAUUGCCGCCAACUUCUGGACAAUGGAAUCCAACAGAACCAAACACCCUUCUCCGUGUUCUUUGUUACCGCAAUGAUGAAGCAUCUUCGAAGUUCUUGAAGAAGUCAUAUAAUUUACCCAAGAAACUGUGAAAAAAUGAGACCUGCCUGCGAUAAUAUUGUUAUUACUUAUGUGGGGAUCUGGAAAUGACUGUUAUUGUAUAGUAGCUAUUUGGGCCCGUAUUCUUUUGUUUUUUCUUCCACGAAUUUGCAACCUUCAUUAGCGAAAGAACCAAAACAAACAAUGAGGCGGACAUAUACAGGUUUGUCAUUCUUUUUUCAUAUAUAUAUUAUAUAUAUAUAUGUCAUUUGUUUAUAUGAGCAUCAUGUUAGACUCUA